UUUGGCUGGUUAAUGCAGAACCUUCGCAGUUCCCACUCCUCUUAAGCGCGACGCGGUUUUCUAUUCAAAUUUCGAAGGGAUUUGGUUUCGUUUAUCUCUCUGCCUGCCUUUCCCUUUUCUCUCCUCUCUCUCUCUCCCUCCAUGUUUCUUCUUCUUCUCCAUUGAAACUAGAUUCCACUGGCACAGCCACAGUUCACGGGAGAAAUGCCAGAAAUUCAAUUGGGUACUCAUACUGUGAGAUCCCAUGGAGCUCGAUUGGCAAGAACCCAUAUGCAUGAUUGGUUGAUCCUCUUACUUCUUGUGGUGAUAGAGGUUGUAUUAAACGUUAUAGAACCGUUUCAUCGCUUUGUUGGACAGGAGAUGAUGACGGACCUGAAAUACCCUCUGCAGGAUAAUACUGUCCCCGUUUGGGCAGUUCCAAUAAUUGCGAUAUUGAUACCCUUUGUUGCAUUUCAUAUCUACUAUUUCAUCAGAAAGGAUGUCUAUGAUCUUCACCAUGCCAUAUUGGGAGUUCUGUUUUCUGUUUUAAUAACUGGAGUUAUGACCGAUGCUAUUAAAGAUGCUGUUGGUCGACCACGUCCAGACUUCUUUUGGCGUUGUUUUCCUGAUGGCAAAGGGGUGUUUGAUAGAAACUCAACUGGUGUUUUAUGUACAGGAGACAAGAGCAUUAUUAAAGAAGGAUAUAAAAGUUUCCCGAGUGGGCAUACCUCCUGGUCUUUUGCUGGCCUCGGAUUUCUUGCUUGGUAUUUGGCUGGGAAAAUAAGGGCGUUUGACCAAAGGGGCCAUAUUGCGAAACUCUGUAUUGUCUUCCUACCGUUGCUUAUUGCAGCUCUUGUUGGUGUUUCUCGAGUUGAUGACUAUUGGCAUCACUGGCAAGAUGUUUUUGCUGGAGGUCUUCUCGGGCUGACAGUUGCUUCAUUCUGUUAUCUGCAAUUCUUUCCACUACCUUAUCACAUUGAUGGUUGGGGACCUCAUGCAUACUUCCAGAUGUUGGCAGAGUCUCGUAACGAAGUUCAAGCAACGUCCCCGAAUAGCAACAAUCUUAAUGUGCAGCAGCAAUCAGAAAUUGAAAGUGUGUAUAUUCAACCUCAACACGAAAUGAGAUUCAAUACGCAGGACUCGAGCCCGAUGCUGAACAGAUAAGAGAGUGGAACAAGAAUCUGACCUCGAGACUACGAUCAGAUCAGAUCCAGGUACAUAGGUAGAAGUAUGUGUUAGUGAUGUGAAGCAAAAUACUCUCCUAGAUGUGCAUGAAAUGAAGACGAUCACUUCCCUUAUCUAUAUUCUUUCAUUAUUUUUCUUCCUUAUUCUCUAGCUGUCUGACGAAUGCUUCUUUCAAGAAUUCUGGUUUGGAACUGUGAGUUUAUUUUGAUGCCAACUUGCAUACUGAUUAAUUGAAUUCCUUCGUGCCUUCUACGGCAAUGACUUAAAGGUUUCAAGUUCGAAUCUUUUGAUGAGCUUAAUAUCAAAAGUCUUUACUGUC